AUGUCACUGCUACUCUACACAGCGUCGCCAAAAUGCUGUCCAGGAGAGAUGGCUGAGGCUGAGCUUGUGGCUGGAGAUGGCUGGCCUGGGAAGCAUGGGGUGGUUUACGAUGUGUUUCUCUGGGAGGGGAAGGAGUUCAUCAUCGACGACAACAUUGCCACCGCGACUGGAAGAAUCGAGUGUGUAGACUUCUCUGGACAGACGUGGAUUCAAAUUGCUUCGUCCAUCAAGGUGGUGUGA